CUCAAUUUCAUAUCAAAUUAUCCAAUUGGGUGAGGUCGUUCAAUAAGAAAAAUUAAUACAAAUUAAUAUUAAACUCAAUUAUUUUUAUUGCAAUAACAUCAAAACUAGCCAUCUUAUCGAACUCAAAAAAUAACAAUGUAUACUGUACCAGUUAUACCUCCCGAUUUACGCCACGAAGAAACAAUUAUCCAAGCAGCUAAUGCCUUAAAUUGUUUACAAUCGACAAUAACAAACAUUUUCGAUCGUAUCGACAAACGUAUUUCGAAAAACAAUGACAAAAUCAACGAACUAAGUUCGCGUGUCAAUUUAGCUUCGCAAAAAAUUCAAAACCUCACUGGCACCAAAAAGGCUAUUAAAAUAUUUUCGCCAGCUAAAUUUCCUUCGUCGCAUGUUUUUCGAAACAUCGAAUUGACCUUCAACGAUGCGGAAGCAAUCGAUUCAAACACUAGUAUCCUAAAUGACCAUGAAAUAACGAGUCGAGUUGACCUUGGUCCAACCAAUAUUCAAGAGAAAUUGGUAUUUUUUCAUUUUCGCAGUGCGAAACAGAAAUCAACUGCCGCUGGAGUGUCCAGUCAUCGUGGACUUGGUGACAUUCCAACUAACUCAAAAUCUAUCAAUUCAGUUUUGUUGUUUAGUACAGCAGAAAACGUUUACGGUGCUCGUAAGGCCGCCGAUGAGAUGAGUCGAGUUCAAAGAAAUCGAAAUAAAGGCGCCAAGAAGGCGGAAGUUGGCACUGGUCGUGGUUUAAUUAUAGAACCGGCACCAUUGUCGUUGAGCAAUCGUCAAAAAGGUGCUGAGAAGAGACAACAAGGUCUCUUCUACACGCCCAAGUUGAAUGAGGCACCGACUAUUGACUUGCCAGCCGAUUUGCCUGAUUUACCUGGCAUUGCGGGUGACAUUCAGUUUGAUCAUGCUGACACCCAUCAGAUUGCUCCGUCGUUAUUUUUUGAAAAUUUUCUAGAAAUACCCAAAGUGCCUGUGGUUGUUGAGAGCACUCAAAUCGAAGAUGAAGAAAUUCCUUCGGUUCUAAAAACACCAGAGCAGCCACCUAAACCAGCGGGGGUGAUGAGUUCUACAUCUCCAAUUCCACCGCCUCCUCCGCCGCCGCCGGUUAUGCCUGAAAUUGCAUCAGUUGCACCGCCUCCUCCACCGCCAGCUCCACCUAUGGCAGCUCCAUCGAAACAAAAUCCACUGCCACCAAAAGCAGCUCCUGAAAUUGAUGUUCGGUCAAAUCUGAUGGAUGCCAUUCGAAAGGCAGGUGGAGCUCGAGGAGGCCGUUUACGUGCUGCUGCUGAUGUCGCCCGACAAACAUCCACCGAACAACUUGAUGUCGUGCCGGACAAACCGAAAAUAACCUCUGGUGGUGAUUUAAUGGCUGAUUUACAUAAUAAACUUCUUAUGCGGAGAAAAGGAAUCUCAGGAGCUAAAGAUGGACAAGGAAAUCCCACCGAUGGUGGAGGUGUAAUGAGUCGUUUGUCAUCUUUAAUUCCACCACCACCUGCGAAAAAUCAAAAUUCUUCAUCAGAUGAAGAUGAAACUGGAGAUGAUGCCGAUUGGGCUGAUUAGAAAUCGCUCAAAAUUAAUAAUUUGUGCCUUUGUUUUUCAAAAAAAUAGAAAAAGAAAAUAAAAGCUGAAUAAUGUAAUAUGAGUUUGAAAAACUGUUGUAAACAAAAUUUUUUGAUUAUAAUACUAGAUAAAUUGUAUACGUAACGAACAAAUAAACUGAAUUAUUAUAAUAUAGAAAUAUACAAUAAAAUUAAUAUAUCAACUA